AAGUAAAGGUCUUCUGUAGCCAAAAUAACAUUAACUUUGUUUUGCUAUUUUUCCAGGUUAAUAUGAGACAAACGGCGAUGGUGAGUUUGAUAUGUUUACUCGUCAUAUUGAUCACAACAAGCUCGUCUCAACAGUGCAACAAACCUGUACGAUCCAUAAAAGGAAGUUACCUGACUGGUCACGUCAUAUCAAACGGAAGUGCAAAUAGUUUAGGAGACUGUUUGGUCGAAUGCACCGCUGACCCGCGGUGUAAGAGCAUCAAUUUCCGCUUUGAAGACUUGCUCUGUGAACUGAACGACGCCGAUAGAUACACUCACCCGUGGGAUUAUGGGUCUAAAGAAGGACAUGGCUACAGCGACUAUCCUUAUAAGGAGAUAUAUCAAGAGUUUUACAUGACGCCUCUGUGGCUCGAGACACACGCCUCUCUCAUCGAUGCCCAUCAUAACACCUCGCCUGACCAGAUAACAUUCAACGCAAGCUUGACAAAAGACGCGGCUAUUUUAAAAGUUCCCUUGGUGGAAGCUGGUGUCUUGCUAGAUGCAACUCCGCUGACCGUUAAAAUAACAGUAGCCAAUGACGUCAGCAUUGGGCAAACACUUGACAGCGAUAUCAGAUAUGGUGUGUCGGACGGAAUCAACUUCAUUGGAUUUGAAGCACCAGACAGAGGAAAUUAUGACAAAAGCUACCCCUGCUAUGGAAUUGAAGGCACGCCUGGAGAAACUCUGACAAACAAGACAAGUUUUAAUAAGACAACUCCUGAUCAAGUUGCAAGCUUUUACCCUGAUCAGUUUGUCUUCACUCUCAAGCUGGGCAAGCCAUGGGGCUCGUGUUUCACUACACAUGGCGGAGGCUUCCUGAAGACAGCAGAGUUCACGAAACAAUUGAUGGUUAGCCAUAAUCUCACUCUGGAUGUUUAUAAAAGCAGUCAUGGAGAAAGAGUUGGCAUCAAGUCUAUUGAGGUCACCAUUAGAAAAACUGGCGACUACUAAUCAGCUAAUUACAAUGAGGAAUGUUGUAAAAAUUAGUCAGUUUCUUUUACCUUCAUAUUUAAAGACCUUUAAAGUAAAUUCUCGAACGAUGUCUGCAAUAUUUACAUCUACGUCUACAUUUAAUAACUGAUAACGCUUUCGCAUACAAUCAGUAUAAAGUAAUAUAUAAAUUAAUUAAUUAAUUAAUUACUUGUAAAACGCUAUAUCUCUUAAUGUUUCUUAAUGUUCUUGGAAAGAAGCUAUAAAAAUGACAAUCAUGAUCGCAACUUGGUGCUAUAGAGGACAAUUUAGAAAAAGAUCCAGAAAAAUAAUCUAAAAGUAAUCGGGUAUUGGCAGUGCCAUUGAGUUGUUAUAACCGCUUAAUGAAAUACAUUCAGUCUAUGAUUUCUCCGUCUCACGAUUAAAGGAUCUAGAUUUAAUGACUCUAACGUCUUUGCAACAGAGUUUCUACUGUAGUCUAAUUUGAUGAAUCUAGCUGCACGUCGCUAAACUGCUUCAAUUGCAUCAAUCUGAUCUUGCCGGUAGGGAUCCCACACAGCGGUAGCGUACUCCAGAUUCGGUCUGACGAUGGUACCAUAUUCAGAACGCUUUGUACUCUCACAACAAGGAUAUAUAUAGGUUACGUUUAACAAAGCCAACUGACUUCUUUUAGGUGUUUAUUUAAGUUGCUUUGUAUUAGUUCCCAUUGGGAUAAUCAGACCUUUGUAUACCAAUCCUUGUGAAUAUCACACCACUUGACGCCGACUAGUUUACUUGAGGCUGUUUUUUCCUGUUGUUAAUAUCGUUGUUUAAAAUAGCGGGUGACAUUUUCUGAUAUUCUCUGGCUUGUAACCUGUAUUCAGCGCGUCUCAGAUUCUUGUAAAUAAACUUGAUUAUUGCUGGCGGCUCUCUCCACUAUUUGUUGUAUUAUUUGUCUCCUCUACUUAUAAUAGAGAUGUUUUCUAUUCGGCUGAGUGAAGCGAAAUAGAUUAGAAUUUUUAGCCUUAUUUACAAUAUUACUAACAUGAGAGUUCCAUUUUAAAUCACUAGUUAACAUAAUUCCCAGCUAGGGAUGCCUCGUCACCGGGGACAUCUUUUGACCAUCAAUAAACUAAACUGUCAAAAAUAUUCCUUUUUCCGUGAUAACCUUACUUUGUGACAUUUGAUCACAUUAAACUGCAUUUGCCAUGUCUUGGCCCAAGAUGAUAACUUCUCGAUUUUAUUUUUUAAAAUAGCACAGUCGUUCAUUGAAUCAAUUGUUCGAUAUAGCAAGGCAUCGUCUGCAAAUAAUCUCAGACUGCUGUCUUUGUUCUCAUGAAUGUUAUUUAUAAACAGCAGGAACAUGGGUGGUCCCAAGAAGGCGCCCUGUGGCACGCUUAAGGUCACUUUUACAAAGCUUGAGGCUUUACCAUCCACCACAACACACUGAGAUCGAUUUGUAAGCCAGGAAUUAAUCCAUGAGAGUGUCUUUCCUUGUAUUCCAUAAUAAUGUGGUUUGGAGAGUAAUCGCUGAUGAGGCACGACUAAUCUAACUGAUUUGUGCUGUGGCACUUUUAACGCUAAAGGCAUUAGAAGUUCUCAUGCAUUACCAACGGAACCGAACAUGAUCACAUUUUUCAUGACCCUAGUGAUUAUGUCAUGUUUUCAAAUAAAAUUUGUACAACGUUCUUAAGGUCUCCAGCAUAAGCUGUAGAUACUGUUUAAGGUGCUUUCGAGCCCUUCAGCCGAUAUUUGUUACGUCAUGGACCGAGAUGGAUUUGUUCAAGUCAGAUAUUCACGAUGCACCCCUUCCCUUUCUCCUUACCACCAUCCCCCCUCCCCACAAUUAGCCGUAUGUACUCAUCGAUCCUGGAUAACACCAUCAACUUCAUUUUGGGUUUUCAAUAACAUGCAAUAUGAUAACUGUUACUUCUAACCUUCGCGAACACUCACCUAAGCAGACAACUUUCUGAGGUGAGGUAUGGUUGCCUCGCACUAAGUAAACCGACUCAUUAUGGGCUUAAGGACGGCGGCCUUUGUUUUUGGCACCCAAGCAACUGCAUGUUUGUGACUGAUGCACAAAGCCUUUCUCAAACUCAUUAAUAAUCCAUCAGGUUAAAACAAAGAAAAUCCCAACCGUGAAGGACGUUUGGAUGCCCGGUCUUAAUUAGCAUAGAUUUUGAAUAUUUUACUC